AAAACAUAAAACUCAAUCACGAAUCAGACAUCAAAUAAUAAAUACAACAAACCACAAAACAUCUGAACAUUUACGAUAUAUUUCGCGUUACAAUAGACAAUAGGUUACUCGGUAAUUAGGGAAUUAAACAGUAAAAUGCCAGCACAGGAAAGGCCACCCUCAAGGGAGCUUCGAGGGCUUCGGGUGCUGCUUGACAAUCGCCAGACCGUACCAACACGUUCCGCAAUGGGACAACAAUUUCCCAUUCGUCAAAAGGAACAAUUUUCAAGUCACAUCAAACGGGUCGCAUUCGGUAAACAAAAAAGCAAUGGAGAUAAUGGACCACCAUCAAAGGCCAAAAGAGAUAUCAUUCAAGCUGGACAGGGCCUCACCUCAUGCCUGAUCACGAGAUCACCAAUGGACCAACGAUUACCAGCCGGUGCCAACAACCCAGCCGAGCGGUCGGUGGGAAGAUUGCCGCGUACAGACAGUGAGUGCCAGUUCAAGGCCCCGGGAAUCGAUUUUCUAACAGAACGGGAUACUAAUAUCACAACCCAUGAGGUCAAGAUGCGUCCCUCUGUGACUUCAAUUAAGAAUAAUUCCAAUAAGUGCGAUUUCUUCCCGAAAUAUGUGGACAAGCGACCAUUCAAGGAGCAGGGCACACAAACGCUCUAUAGGGAAUCCUCGGCACAAACUUUGGCCUAUUUGCCAGAGAUCAUGGACAAAGAGAUGAACGAGCAUCUAGAGCUGUUUACCCUGCCGUCUUUGCUGCCUGGAGAUAAUCCACCGGGACUCCAUGAGGUCGAGAUCCUAGAGCGGGCCCGAAGGCGUUGGGCCUUCAAUAAGGCGGUGAAAACGAACUUUAUGAGACAAUUGCACGAAGCGCGGGAGUUGACAAUGCAAACCAAAUACAAAUCCAUACUGGAGGCAUUCGAAUGGGAGGGUUGGAUCGAGCGAGAGGAGUACAUACAGGAGUGUCAGAUGAUGCGACUCGAGAUCGUCAUAAAGAUGUUUGACAAGCGCGAGAUGGAGAUGCACUUAGCAUCCAAGAAACGCAUUGAAAUGUCCUGCGAACGCAUCGAGAAGCGCCGUCAAGAGGGUCUGCACAAGAACGAGAUAGAGUAUCAGCGCGGCAAACGCCGCAACGAUAUACAGCUCGCAAAGACGUCACGGAAAUGGCAAAAGCAGAGCCCUUUGUAUGCCCUGGGAUCACCGUGCUCCGAGUUCUAUGGACCACUCAUCAGACACGGUGUUGAUCCGGCACGUCGAAGCUUUGCAGGUAAUAACCGCAAGGCCUUCGAUGUAAGGAUGGACGAGCUGCAGAAGCGCGUGAAUAUGAACAACCUGACUUGUCCGUUCAAAAAGCUCGAGGAAUGGUCCAAGCCCAAAGAGUAUGUUAAGGAGUACGAGCAGAACUUCUGCAAUGAUCUUAAAUUGCAAAAACUCUACGAAUCCUUGAAAGGCUUGAGAACGCAAACGACUAAGGAAUGGGCUGAGCCGAAGUGUCUUAAGAAAAGAAAGAAAUUAACCUCGGAAUAUGAUAAAUACGAGAAAUAUAAGAGUCGAGGUCAAAUACAUUACUAUCAGGCAGCGCCAAAACCGAUCGAACUGUCCAAGCCGACAGAGACGCGCACGAACGCACUUCGGCCACCAACAAGAAUGGGCUCAUUCCACGCAAAGCACUUGGAGGCUCAAAGAGGAGAAGAAGCUUUUGAGAAUUUGCUGACCACGUACGAAGGUACCUAUGUUGGGUGGAUCAUGAAGUUCCUCUCUGAGGAAAUGAGCCGACUGAAGGAACAUCGAAGGCUCCACUUCUUUACUGUUUUGGCCCAAAAGGAGAGAUGGCGACGCGAAGCGAAUGAAGCAGGAUUGCGGCAAAAGGAGAACGAAAUGAGAAGCCUCUACGAAGAGUUGUUCCAGAAGAGUAUUGGGGCCCACAACGAGAUUAGCAAUGAAUAUCUCAGCGCACUUUUAACAACAGAUAUGAGCCACAUAGCUGAGAGCGAGGCCGCUAUAACGGUGACCGGGCAGGCCAAGCAAAUCGAUGCAGAUAUCCAGAGAUGGCUGGAGGGCUUCAAGCUCAUCCAGACCCCACUCACCUAUGAUCCUCUGCGACUGAUGCUGCGAGACAUGGUCUCCCCAGACAUUAAUGCUGCUAUCGAUCUUCAUGAGAAGUCGCUCAUCGCCAGUUAUAUUGUGGAGGAAGUUAUUUUUGGCAGAGUGUGGGAAGAGCUUGAACCAAUCGAUAUAGCCGGUACCCUGACUAGCGAUUUGAUUGAUCGCCUCAUCGACAACGAUCUCUAUUUGUUCUCCACGGACAGCGAGAGCGAAACUCCUCAGAGGUCAUCGUGGUACGAGUCUCAAGCCAUAAUACGCAAACUCAUCCGCCAGGCUGUGCCCGGACAGCGCUGGAAGGAUGAAACCGAACGCAUUGUGCACGAGAACUAUAAUAGUCUGUUUGAUGAUGUCUUCGCUGAAAUCAUGAACAAAAUCGAUAAUCCUCCAUCGGUGAAAUCCUUCGACCUAAUCGCUGUGCGUGCAUUUCAAUCUCAGCGUCGCAUUUCAAAGACUGACAAUUUUCGCUCCUUAGAUAUUGAAGUCCUCCCAAUGAUCCAAAGCUCAUUGCCCAACUCAGAAUUCGAGCGCCUUCAAAUUCUAUCGCUACAAAAAAGGUUAAAAAAGGACAAUGUUACAGCUGGUUUGAAGGCCUUCGAUAAGUACCAGGAAUAUGACAAUUCACGUGAAGAAUUUGAUACAUUUAUGAAAUCAGAGGUGUUUGAACAGUUUAACACCAUGGAAUACGCACAAGUAAACCUACCAGAGGACGUAUUCAGCAUCACUGGCGUGAUAAAUCUAGACGACGAGAAAGACUUUAAGAUGCUUAAGCAUGAAAAAGAAGUAGAAGAGGUUAAUAUACCAUCGGCCAAUGAGUUUAUAGACCCUGGCAGUCUCCAUGAGGAGGCGGUCUUUGAGGGGGAAGAAGGUGCCAAUGCUGAAGAGGAGGAUAAGACUGAGUUGAGAGCUGAUGAGACACCGGAUGAUCUCAGUCUGCCUCUUACCUCUCAUGAAGGCAACGAAAAUGUAGAAGAAGUGGAAGAAGAAUAUUUUUCCGAGGAACAAAGCCAGUCAGUAAACGCCGAGACCUACAGGACGAAUUCUCAAGUAUUUAAGUUCAGAUGAUUUUUAAAUUUCUUGACAGUUAUAAUGAAUUUCAAUGAAAAUGUUAAUUUAGCUUUAAUUCCUUACAUCAGCCGUUGUUGGAAUGGAAAGUUAGAGUAGUAAAAACAAAAAAAAAAACUUUACAUCAAAAAA